AUGUCCCAGGAUGACGACAACAAGUCCAAGCUCUUGAAGAAUUUUAUCCGGAAGAAUUCUGUUGGUGACAUGCCUGUAUGUGUUGUUACUGAAUUGCAAGAAGGUGGCGGAGCAAGGGCGGCCCUGGAAUUGGUGGAGAGUCUCGGUCUCCGUUUGAAAUGGGUCGCGGUGACGGAAACUCCUUGUGCAUUGUUGAAUUCGGGUCUCAACUUUUUCUAUGUUGGAGGUGCUCCGACUUUUGAUAUCCCGGAUUUGGAUCACGACAUGGCCCCAGAUGGUAACAUACAGUUGGGAGAUGGACCGCAAGGUUUUAUGAAUCACUCUAUGCUUUUUGUUGAGGUGGGUGACAGCCAGCUAUUGGGCAGUUGCGGCGAUCCAAACACUUUAUUGGGGAAAACAGCCCAGUGGCUUAGCUGUGGGGUUGCCACAAAUAUCUGUGUUCUCAUUGCAAAGCUCUACGGCAAGGCAGACAAUGACAGUGGUGGUAUGACAAUCGCAUUGAUCAAUAAAGAUGGCGUGCAAUGGAUUCGCUCAUGGGGCGACACAUUGGAGGAUGACACUGCUGGCAUUUUCCUUGCAUUUAGUACUGAUUUCUGGGUUGCUCAGCAGGGCCGUAAAACACCGCCAGAAACACCAGAAGUCAGUGCGGCAGGUUUUCGGUGUCACAUUUCACUCACAAACCAUUUUCCAGUUUUGGGCCAGGAGAACUUGCCACACUUUGUGGGAUUGCCGCAAUGA